GCAACCGAGCAAUUGAGUUGAAAGAUAAAGGUUAGGUAGGAAAAAAGUUAGGUUAUGUAUUUAUUGUUAUUUUUCUUCUUGGUUUUUAAAUAAUUCCACAAGAAAUACAAAAUGUCAGAUUCUGAGGAGGAUUAUAUGUCCGAUAAAUUAUUGUUGGGAAGUGAAAAGGACGACAUCCGUCCCGGCCUUUUAUUCAAUAGUACUCAAAAGAGAAGUCACGAGCUAUACAAGCAAAAGCAGGAGUUGGUGCGCAAGAAACCGAAACGCUAUGCCGAACAGGAGACCGAGACUCGAGAUAAGGGUUUGAAUACGGCUAUUGCGGAGGACAACAAGGGCUUCCAGCUGCUUCAGAAGAUGGGGUAUAAGUCGGGCAGCGGUCUGGGGAAAGCCGGCGGUAUUACGAAACCUAUAGAUAUUAAGGUGAAGCAGGGCAAUAGCGGGUUAGGUACCGAAACUCACUUUGACGAACUCGCACGGGCACGCGUCGCCUUCGCGAAGAAAGCGGGUAAGAAACAAGAGGAAGCCUUUCAAAAUACAAAUUUGGAAAGGCGCAACAUGUUUAGAUUGAACAAGGAUUAUUUUAAAGCGCAAAGAACUUGCGAGGAUUUAGAUUUUAAACACGAAGUUAAGGAACCGGAUAAACCGUGGUUUUGGACCAAACAAACUAUGGAUGCGGUUAGGAAGAAAAACAAACAUUCGGACUCGGAAAGUGAGAGUGAAGAUGAGGAAGAGGAGAGACCAACAGAAGCCGCCUUAAAUGAAUUAAUAAAUUAUCUGCGAGCUGUAUAUGGCUAUUGUAUUUAUUGUUGUGAUUUCGUUGAGGAUAUACAAGAUCCAUCAGCUGCCUGUCCAGGACUUUAUCGGGUGGAUCAUGAUGAUCUCUAAAGUUGUAUCACAGAUUACACUAGGCUAAUCUGUGGUUGUAUAUUGAAACAUUUUACUUAAUUAAAUAUGUAAGUCUAA